AUGGAGAGCAGUCAGACGCAGGAGGCGGAGGACAGCCCGUACCUGUGUUUCCAGAGAACGCCCUCUCUCCGACGGAAAUGGAGGAAACGUUAUGGCGGUCUGGACGGCAACAAGCUGCUGGAGCCCAAUAAAGAUCCCGACAUGAAAGAUGAUGGAGAGACGACAGACGAGAGUCAGCAGAGGAGCUCUGACAACACGGAUUCAACACCCCGUCCAGCUCCCAGGAGUAUGAUCCAGAACCAGACCCAGUCUGCCUUCCAGACUCCUGUCCAGAAGCCCGUCAGCCUUGUCAGUCCUGGACCUGCAGUGGUGGCGGUGUCAGCGAGUAACGGCUGUCUGAAGCCUCCUCUCCCUCAGGCGGUGGUCCAGCCAGAGGACAGAGGCUUCCCCCCGGCCCAGCCGUGGUUCUCCACCCAGCAGAGUCCAUCAAAGCGCAGGGCGGCUGCUGAUAUUCUGUUUGACAGCUUCGCUUCAGACGAAAGAAUCAAUGUCAACCAGUUUUUUGAGGCAAUCUGGAGCUCCGGUCUGCACAGGUCUGAUCCUCGGCUCAGAGAGUGUUUCUUCCACCUGAGGAAACUGCAGGACGCAGAGGGAUCAGUGGACAGAAACACCUUCCAAAGGUGCGUCACAGGAUUCGUCUCUCUGAUCCUGAAAGCUCUGCAGGGACGAUUCGUCAUCCCAGAUUUUUCCACUUUCACCGAAGAAACUCAGAAGCUUUUCUCCAGGUGUCGACAGCUGUCGUCUGUACAGGAGAAAGAGAAGGAGAGCAUGGACAGCACCAAGUGGGGCGUCUCGAUCUGCACUGUUGACGGACAGAGGUUGUCUCUGGGAGACUGGGCUGGCUCUCUGGUCCUUGGCGAGGUGUCAUGGCCGCUGGUGUACGGCGUGGUGGUGGAGCAGCUGGGCGCUGACCUCGUCCACAGAUAUGUCGGCAUGGACAGUUACUCCAGAUAUGACUCGCCCUUCACUCUUACUAAAACAGGAAUUCCUCACAGCCCGCUAACUGAAACAGGAGCCAUCGUUACCACGUCUUUACUACAGCUUGCAGGGAGGCUUUCUGCAGAAGAAGAGGAGAAAUAUGACUCAGUGUUGAAUGUCAUCCGACGGCUCUGCAACAAGGAGCACGCCAACUUGAACUGCAGCAGUUAUCAGAGCGGCAGGAAGGACAGCAUCAGACUCCAUGCUCUGUCAUUUUACCUGCAGGAAAAAAAGUGUUUUCCAGAAAAAGUCGACAUUAAUGCUGCUCUGGAUCUCAUGCUGCAGUGUACCUCCACGGAAAUCACCUGUGAAUCAGGUGCAGCCAUGGCAGCUUCGUUGGCCAAUGGGGGUCUCUGCCCUCUCUCAGGUGACCAGGUGCUGUCGCCAACGGCAACACGGAGCAUGCUGUCCAUGAUGCAGGUGGCGGGGAUGAAGGAGUACUCCACAACCUUCCAUUACAAGACCUCAGUCCCGGCCGUGUGCAGCGGUAACGGCGUCCUCCUUGCGGUGGUUCCUGGUGUUUUGGGUCUGAUGGCGUUCUCUCCGGAGUUAGACGCCUGUGGAAACCCGUGGAGGGCCGUCCACUUCUGCCAGGAGCUCAUCUCUACCUUUCAGCUGCACAGUUUUGACAUCAGGACUCCGUUCAGACAGAUUCUGGCCUACAGACAGUGGAAGGCUGAGUCCGAGGGAUACCAGAUCAUGAACGUCCUGCUGGCUGCGUUCAAAGGAGACGUGCAGGCCCUGAGGAGGUACUUCCUGUCCGGAGUGGAUGUGAACGCUGUGGACUACGACGGCAGGUCGGCUCUGCACGUGGCGGCCGCUGAAGGUCACACAGAGGUCAUCCGCUUCCUGCUGGGGAACACUGGAGCAAACGCCGCCCUCAAAGACAGGUGGGGGAGCUCUCCUCUGCAGGAGGCCAGGAGACUCAACAAGGAGGCUGCAGCCCAACUUCUGCAGGGAGCCAUUUGAACCGUAACACCGUGUCCUGUCUUCUGACCUCGGAGUCUUCUGGAGAACUUGGAUGAAUUAAACAUCAUCUUGAUUCUGAGACAGGAUGAAAGACCUGCAGGUUUUAAGAAGCAAAUCCGGUGAAGCUGCUCCUUAAAGCUUUAAAAACUUUCAGUCCCUGUUUUCAGGCUGUCCGUCAUUCGUCGGUGUGUUUGCUGUAAAGAGUUACACUUCUUUAAAGAGUUUGUCUUCAUCUCCUGCAGCUCGUCUCUCAGAAACAUUCAGGGUGUCCGCUCGACUGCAGAGAAUCAUUAAGAUUCUGUUCACAUCGUUUCUUCGAUGUGAACAGCCUUCAGUUUUCAUCGUGAAAACUCUGGACUGGAAUCUGCUGCAUGCCGUCCUCCCUGUAUACUCUCAAACACUCCUUUGUGACAGGGGCGGGUCCAGACUCUUUCAGACUGGGAUGACUUUUGCAGGUCUACGGUCACAGGGAGUUUAUUCUGUAAAAUAAAAUGUUUAGAUGUGUGUCCUCUCAGAGCUUCCGCACUCUCAGAAUACAUUCAAGGUUUUUAUUCUUUGUCCCUUUUCUGAAAUGAAACAAGUUCUGCAUGUUUGAACACAAAUAUAAAAAAAGGUUUUCUGUUUAAUCUAGUAUCGUAGUCCAGACCACAUUAACCGAGACCAGGACACCUGAGACCAGAGUGCUCCGAGACCUCCAAGAUAUUCAGGGAUCGAGACCAAGACCUUAAAAAUCAGUGAAAAAUCAUCAUCUUGUGUAUCUGAGACAGAGACAAGACCGAGUAAAAUACUUUUGAUUCUGAGAUGAGACGGAGACCUUUCAGAGAGUAAUAACAUUUUUAAGUGUUUGUACUAAUAAAUAAUUAAACACGUUGUUUACAUCUUUA